UGAAGCAGCGCCGUGAUUAAACGUAUGUAAUUUCCAAUUGCUUUUGCCAGUUUGAUAUACUAUGUAUUAUAGGUAAGGGCGCUCGCUCAACUGCCCUUGAAAGUUGGUUAAGACCUUUCGCUCAAGCAUCGAAAGCUCUUGGAGAACUACUAGUUACGUCAUUAAACCCAAGACCCUUAACUCAACUAUGUAUUUAACUACCCCAGCUAUGAUGUAAAGUAUUUACUAGUUCUCCAAGUGACGCCAUCGACUAUUUUCAAUUUGUAUAAUAUUGGUCUUUAUAUAGGUAUACAUAUAUAUUUUUUACUGGGAAGUUUUUGGAAGUCAGUAAUGCCGAUUACCGACGACGAUGAUGAGCCCAAACGCUCGCGUAAAGGGCCUCCUUCGAGGGUACCUAUGCCGGAUGCCGAUUCGCCAGCGACCGAACCCGGCUCAGAUUCGUCUUGCGAAUGUCCUCUGAGCGAAAAGAACCACGACGGCCACCGACCGUGUACUCUCGACACACGCCCGUCUCAGAUACGCGCAAGUGGCCGGGAUGGCUCGAACGGGCUUUCGGGACAACUCUCGCGGACAGUAUCGCGUAGGGAUACCGUGCUAUCCCGAAUACGGUCCCGUCCGGAGGUACCGCCGUUUAGUCACCCGCUCGCGAAAGUGAGGACUGGACGGGAAUCGCUCGUCGACUUUGACGGGCCGGAUGACCCCUAUCGUCCCAUGAACUGGCCGCAGCGCAAGAAGAUAGCUACAACUCUGCUCUAUGGUCUAGUUACCAUGACUGCAACUUGGUCAUCCUCGUCCUAUUCUGCCGGGACCCUGCAGAUCGCGGAGCAAUUCGGUGUUGGGACGCAAACGGCAACGCUAGGAACCACUCUCUUCCUCCUCGGAUUUGGAAUAGGGCCUCUGCUCUGGGCGCCGCUUUCUGAGGUCUACGGUCGGCGCGUGGCGGUGUUGACGCCUAUGUUCGUCUCUAUAUGCUUCUCGUUCGGUUCGGCCACCGCCAAGGACUUCCAGACUCUCAUGCUAACGCGGUUUUGGGGAGCCAUAUUCGCCUCUGCUCCGGUGACGAAUACCGGCGGUGUUCUAGGCGACUUAUUCACGCCGGCCCACCGCGGUAUUGCUAUGGCGGGUUAUGCGAUGGCAGUCGUAGGUGGCCCGACGGUUGGUCCCAUCGUGUCAGCCGCCGUCGUAGCGCAGCCGAGCCUCGGCUGGCGAUGGACAGAAUACACGACGGGGAUGUUGCAAUCCGUCGUCUUACUAUUUGCUAUAAUCUUUAUCGACGAGACAUACCCACCGAGGCUUCUUGUUACCAAAGCAAGACGGCUGCGGCUCGAGACGGGUAACUGGGCGCUCCACGCUAAGUUCGAAGAAUGGGAUGUGAGCGUUGUCGAGCUGGCGCGGAAGUUUCUUAUUCGCCCGAUACAGCUUCUUUUCACGCCGAUUUGCUUCCUCGUUGCCCUGUAUGCGAGCUUCUGCUACGGAAUUCUAUACAUGCAGCUCGGCGCGGUGCCUAUUAUAUUCGGUGAGAUCAGAGGAUGGUCGCUACUGUCGAGUGAACUACCGUUUUUAGCCAUCCUUCUUGGUUCGUUAACCGGUGCAGUUAUCAACAUGUCCAACCAGCUAUACUAUAAUAAGACUUAUCAUGCUUCAGGCGACAGAGCGGUCCCCGAGAAGAGGCUACCUCCGAUGAUGCUAGGCUCCGUACUUUUUGCGGCAGGCCAAUUCAUCACCGGAUGGACUGCAGACCCAGCUACUUCCCCCUGGAUCGUCCCCGUCAUCGGGCUUUACCUCGCCGGAUGCGGUUUUAACACAAUCUUCCAGGCCGCGCUCAACUAUCUCGUCGAUACUUUCCAGAUGUAUGCGGCAAGUGCCGUAGCCGCCAAUACGUUCUUACGGAGCUGCUUCGCUGCCGCGUUUCCACUAGUUGUGACGCCGUUAUAUCACAACAUCGGGGUCGGCCCCGGGUCGAGCAUCUUUGCUGGGUGUGCGUGCUUGCUGAUACCUGUACCGUUUGUCUUUUACUUUUUCGGGAGGCGGAUUAGGGCUGGUAAUAAAUGGAGCAAGCAUAGCGUGUUUUAGACAUUCUAAGAAUUUGCAUGGCAUUGGCGUUGGGGAUGGCCUGAGCAUUGGGGAAAGGGGCAUGAUUCAUCGUUUUUAGAGCAUUUCCAGCGAGCAGUUGGCAUCGGAAUAGCAUUCUACGCUAUAGGUUUACGUUACUUAUACAGACUAGAGUUUCCAGCUAUUCUAAGGCUAACAGUACCUUAUUUGAAA